CCAGAUCGAAAUACGAUUUCAAGUCGAAUUUUGAAUUUGAUACUGUAUUAUCAGAUUCUCACACAAAUUGAGCUGGUGGACAGAUAUAUCGGUGUGUCUGCACAAUCAGUUUAAAACAAAUCAUUUUGAAUAUACAAACGCAGUUGUGUUGCAGAGGCCGAUCAAUCUACGCCCUGACCCGUUGUGUAUAUAUAACAACGCGUGCUCACUUAUAAGCAAGCCUCGAAAAAGUUUAUGUUCGUGUUUUUCAUAAUACCGUACUUGAUGCAGAGUUCUAUAACCUUUAUUAGAUAUGCAAACGCAAUUCUCUGUCAUUUCGCUAAGCAGUGUUGAUUUGUAUAUACAGCUGAUUAUUACGAUGCACAUCUAAUUAUAUACAAGCUUUCGAGUACUUUGGCAUGAGAAUGACAUAUAUGUUACUACGUAACUAGUGAGUGUUAAUAUACUGUAUAUAUGUAUACAUAUACACAUGACACACGAUACAUAUGUAUACAUCGGGUAAGAAUAUUCAUCGAUCAAGUCGCAGUCAUCAGAAAAGCAUAAAUGUUGAAAUUAAAAAAGCCAGCAGUGAUUAGUCAAUGAGUUGAGAAAAGUUUAGGACGCACAACUCAGCAGGCUGAGCCAUUGUUUUUGACAGAUAUUUAACGCUAAUCGGUAUUUCCGAGUGUUAUAUUAACACUAACUGCGGUUAAAAUGGCUGACUGCGAGAAAGAAGAGGCUCACAAUCUCCAAAUGGAAUUUGAAUGGGUACUCCAUGAAGAAGUUCAUUCAUCUCUUUCACAGCUUCGUAAUAUUUUAAUGGAAUGUGCACAGAGAUUUCCAUUAACACUUUUUGGAAAUGAUCAGCCAAAUAAAACUGAUAGAUUUGUUUUUGCUGCUCCACAUGAUUCUAUAAAAUGUGUUCUAGUUCUUACUGGUGACAGUAUUACCAAUGCUGAUGUAAGUUUUAAAGUUAAUCGUCAGCAAAACCAAAAUAUGCGAACUAGUAUAGUAAAUGAUCACCCUUGGAAAUUACAACAAAUCCAAGAUGCUGCAAAUCAUUUGCAGCAAGCAAUUGCACACAUUGAUAAUGUUGAUAAACACUAUUCUUUCAAGACUUCUGACGAAGUUAUGCAUGUCUUGGGAAACAUUUUGGGAUGCUUACAACGAAGCAGAACUAGUUUAAUUGUUCCUAGAAAAAAAAAUUUAGAUGAGUUAAUCAGAAGCAGAAAUAUGAAAUCGCUUAAUCCUAAUCUUCCAGAAAGUUAUGCAAUUAGUUUUUAUGUGCAGAGCUACAAGUUAAUUCUUGCUGUAUAUCAAUUAGAAAAUUCUCAUGGAAGUGUCAAGUAUGAGCAUACACAAGCUGAAUGCAGUGUACCAUGGUUAAACGAAGCUUUAGUUCUACUCACAAUAUCUCUUCAACUCUGCCAGCGAUUAAAAGACAAGAUUUGCGUAUUUUCUCAGUAUAAAGAUUUCACUGUAGGUUCGAGAGUACCCUCACCGGUCGGGAUGAAAGGUUAAAGAUUGAUAAAUGAUUGAAUAGAAUAUUUCAUGAAAAUAAUGAAUAUGCAAGAGUGUACUUUGCCAAUCUCGUGCCUAGUUUCACUAAUCGCGUUUUCGUAGUAUAAUUCUCAGUAGGUUCUUUGCACUGCAUAGUAUUGACAUGGAAUUAACUUGGUCUCUGAUAGAUAAGUAAUAAAACUCAACGCAUAGCAUUGCCGCUUUGACGACGAACAUCCCACUGGAGUCACUCUUGUGAAACAAUGUAUUUAUACGUACAUUUAAGUGACGCUUAUAUAUAGGUAAGAUUGAAACUAUAUUGUAACAUAAAAAGAUAUAUGACUUUGCUGAAGUAGUGAAUUUGAGAAAAGAAUUUUAAUCAA